AUCUCUAAGCCGCACACGUGCAUUUAUUUAAACGGUAUUGCCGUUUUCUAUUAUUUACUUCGGAAAAUUGAAGUUUUUAAGUGAAAAGUGCAACAAAAACCUCCGGCAGAAUGGUGAAAAAGAAAAUAGACAACCGGAUACGUGUUAUGAUCGAGAAUGGAGUCAAGCUGGGCCACCGGACCAUGUUCAUCGUGAUUGGUGACAAGGCGCGCGACCAGGUUCCUAUCCUCUACGACAUACUGACCAAGUCGACAGUCAAGGCGCGACCCACAGUUCUCUGGUGCUACAAGAACAAGGAUGAGGCUAUAUCUAAUCAUGGCAAAAAGCGAGCAAAAAAGAUCGCCGUGGGAAAAGUGGAUGUAAACGAGGCGGAUUUGUUUGAUUCCUUCCGAGUGGCUACCACCAUACAUGGCAGAUACUACUCUGAGACACAUGCUGUCCUUGGACGAACCUACGGCGUUUGUGUGUUGCAGGAUUUUGAGGCCCUAACGCCAAAUCUUCUAGCUCGAACUGUUGAAACAGUCGAGGGCGGUGGUUUGAUAAUCCUGCUGCUGAAAACGAUGCAGUCCCUAAAGCAGCUGUACACCAUGAGCAUGGAUGUGCACAAACGUUUUCGCACGGAAGCCCAUCAGACAGUGACCUGCCGGUUUAACGAACGUUUGAUUCUCUCACUAGCUGAUUGUAAGCGUUGUUUAGUAGUCAAUGACGACCUUACAGUGCUGCCCCUCAGCUCCAAAACCAUCAAUGUGGAGCCAGUGAAUCCCGCCGGCGCUGGAAAAUCGCCCAACGAAGAAAGCCUGAAGGAACUUAAGGAAAGCCUAUUAAAUGUACAGCCAGCCGGAGCUCUAGUUAAUCUCUGCAAGACAUAUGAUCAGGCCAAUGCCGUUGCGCAGUUUAUUGAAGCGCUAGUUGAUAAGCAAUUAAAACCGCCCAUGUCUUUGACAGCGGCUCGUGGACGUGGUAAAUCUGCUGCACUAGGUCUUUCGAUAGCCGCCGCUGUGGCCUUUGGCUAUGUGAACGUAUAUGUGACCUCACCGCAUCCGGAAAACUUGAUCACACUAUUUGAAUUUGUCCUUAAGGGCUUCGAUGCCUUGGAAUACCAAGAGCAUGCGGAUUAUACGAUUAUACGUUCCACCAAUGCUGACUACAAAAAAGCCAUUAUAAGGAUAAAUAUUACGAGGAGCAGUAGACAGACCAUUCAAUAUAUAGCUCCCAGUGAUACGCAUCUGCUAAAUGCCGCUGAUCUUCUGUUGAUCGACGAAGCGGCUGCCAUUCCUUUGCCGUUGGUAAAGAAAAUGAUCGGUCCUUAUCUGGUAUUCAUGGCUAGUACGAUCAAUGGAUAUGAGGGCACUGGUAGAUCCCUGAGUUUGAAGCUCAUAUCCCAGUUGCAGAAGGAUAACAAUGCGAGGCCGCCACUUAAACUGGAGGAAUCGAUUCGUUACCAGGAGAAUGAUGAUAUAGAAAAGUGGCUUAUUAAUCUGUUGUGUCUGGAUGCCAGUACAGUGCCAAGUAUUAGCUCAGGAUGUCCAACUCCGGAUGCCUGUGAACUGUACUAUGUCGACAGGGAUGCUUUAUUUUCGUAUCAUAAGGCAGCGGAGGCCUUUUUACAUCGCCUGGUCUCCAUUUAUGUAUCUUCGCACUACAAGAACACCCCCAACGAUCUGCAAAUGAUGAGCGAUGCUCCGGCCCACCAUCUCUUCUGCCUUUUGGGUCCAGUUCAGCGAAUGGAUGCAUUACCAGAGAUUUUGGUUGUUAUUCAAGUGGCUCUAGAGGGUCAGAUUUCUGCCCAGAGCAUCAGCGAUUCGUUGGGCAGGGGUAAGAAGGCGGCUGGCGAUUUGAUACCGUGGAACAUAGCAGAGCAGUAUGGAGAUCGAGAUUUUCCUAAGUUGUGUGGCGUGCGCAUUGUAAGAGUGGCCACACAUCCGAACUAUCAAAGGAUGGGAUAUGGCAAGAGAGCGAUUCAGCUGCUUAAGGAUUACUAUGCGAGGAAGCACACAAAUCUGGAGGAUGGACCAGCUAUCAAUAAGAAUGCUAGCAAAGGUAUCGAGGAGGUAGAGGAGGAGGAACUAAGUCUACUGAAGGAACAGAUCCGUCCACGUAGUCGUAUCCCGACACUCUUGCAGCGCCUUCAUGAAAGGAUCCCAGAGCCUGUGGACUAUAUCGGCACAUCCUACGGUCUCACCUCCGAACUGCUGAAGUUCUGGAAGAGUGCUGGAUUUGUACCUGUGUAUUUGAGCCAGAAAUCCAAUGAAUUAACCGCCGAACAUAGUUGUAUAAUGCUCCACACGCCCACUACUACGCCCUGGUUAGGCUUAUAUUACCAAGAUUUUCGAAGAAGAGUUCUUAAGUUAAUGGGCAAGACGUUCCGGGAGUUCGAGACAAAGCUAUGUUUGGCUCUGCUAAAGAACAAAUCCGUGGAUACGGAAACCAGUGCUCUGAAUGUUUUAGAUAAACCCAUGUUGGAUGUGUUCUUCCUGCCACACGAUCUACAGCGUUUAGAGAGCUAUGCCCGUCAGCAGUCAGAAUUCCGAUUGAUUAUCGAUCUGCUCACAGAUAUUGCCCAGCUGUAUUUCCAGGGCAGGAUUGAGGGCUUGCAGCUUGAUCUUGUACAGCAAGGAAUACUUUUGGCUCUGGGCGUCCAAGGCAAGACAGUAGAUGCUUUAGGGCUGGAGCUCAAUAUGCCGGGAAAUCAAUUGUUAGCAAAAUUCUUUGAUGCCAUGAAACGGUGCAAUCAAUGCUUCCGAACAGUUAUAGAAGAACAUAUUGAAGGUGGAAUGCUAAAGGAAGCGGAUCUGCCUAAGGGCGAGGAACUUCAACCGCUUAGCCUUUCGCUGGACAAGGAAUUAGAUCAAACCGCCCAGAAGCUGAGUAAGCAGCAGCGCAAGGAGCUGAAGCGGCUAAAGGCCGAGCAGCUGGACGAGUUCCAGAUCAAGGGCAGCGAGGAGGACUGGUCAAAGGCGUUGGAGACCAAUGGAACAGGCGGUGGCAGCGGGCUGCUUUCCGUCAAGAGUGGCGUUAAGCGACUAGACGGACCAAUCGAGAUGCCCGAGGAUCGGGAUCUAGCCGCACCACAAUCCAAAAAGAAAAAGAAGAAUAAUCCAAAACUGAAACGCGGUCAGGGCAAGUCCCUGAUCUAGAAACCACAUUUGUUUUUUGGGGGAAAGAAGAAUGUGGAUUUUAAUGCUAUAGAAAAGUACAUAUUUUUGUAAGCUCCGUUAAAAAUAAAGAAACCUAAUAACUGAA